AUGGGGACGCUGGGGCCACCAAAGCAGGAGCUCAGACCUGACACCUGCGGGAGAGAGGAGGCUGAAGGCAGUCGCCUCGGCUCAGUACUUGUCAUCAUAGUAUCACAGAUGAUGCUCUGCAAGGAUCGGAGUAAUUCGCAUCCGGUGGCAGAAGCACGGUCCAUGUCCUGUGCCGAGAUCGCCCAGUAUGACCUGGUGUCUCCCUACGAGGUGGACCGCGAUGGCAACUACGUGUCGCAGGCGGUCACGCACGCCCGGAGGAGGAGGCGGGCGCCGGCCCAGCGGGGCGGGGGCUCCCUGCACCUCAGGCUGACCGGCUUCAGGCGCGACUUCCACCUGCAGCUGGAGACGUCCCGCAAGCUGGUGGCUCCGGGGUUCGUCGUGCAGACGCUGGGGAAGGGGGGCACCAGGUCCGUGCAGCCCUUCCCGCCCGAGGAGUUCUGCUUCUACCAAGGCUCCCUGCGCUCCCACGAAAACUCCUCCGUGGCGCUUUCCACCUGCGAAGGCUUGUCGGGUAUGAUACGAACGCAAGAGGCGGAUUACUUCUUAAAGCCACUGCCUUCACACCUAGCGGAGGAGCUGGGCGACUCUGCCGGGGGCGGCCGUCCCUCUCACAUCCUGUACAAGAGGUCCGCAGAACCGCGGGCCCCGGCGGGACGCCAGGCGGUGAUGGUCCAGAGGCAGCGAGAGCUGGAGAAGAGCCACGUUUUCUACCACGAGAAACGACACCCGCACGGCGGCUGGAACCCCAGGCGCCCGCAGAAGCAGCAUUUCUGUGGAAGACGCAAAAAAUACAUGCCCAAGCCCCCCGCGGAGGACCUGUUCGUCUUGCCCGACGAGUACCAGCCCGGCCCGCGCAGCAAGCGCGCUGUCCUAAAGCCCCGCAGGAAUGAGGAGCUGCACGUGGAGACGCUGGUGGUGGUCGACAGAAGACUGGCCUGUGGCCAUCGCCAUGAGAAAACGGUGUCACACGUGGUCCCGACGUGGGCUGCUUGUCUUUUUCAGGUGUCUGCUUUGUUCAAGGAUGGGACGAUAGGAGGAAACAUCAACAUUGCGAUCGUGGGGCUGAUUCUUCUAGAAGAAGAGCAGCCAGGGCUCGUGCUGCGACAUCAUGCGGACCGCACCUUAAGCAGCUUCUGCCAGUGGCAGUCCGGGCUGACGGGGAAGGACGGGGCUCGCCACGACCACGCCAUCCUGCUGACCGGGCUGGAUAUAUGUUCCUGGAAGAACGAGCCCUGUGACACGUUGGGCUUCGCUCCCAUCAGCGGGAUGUGCAGUAAAUACCGCAGCUGCACGGUUAACGAGGACACGGGGCUCGGCCUGGCUUUCACCAUCGCCCACGAGUCUGGACACAACUUCGGCAUGGUCCACGACGGAGAGGGGAACCUGUGCACGAAGUCCGAGGGGAACAUAAUGUCCCCCACGCUGGCGGGACGCAACGGGCUCUUCUCCUGGUCGCCCUGCAGCCGCCAGUACCUGCGCAGGUUUCUGAGCACUGCCCAAGCGACGUGCCUCGCCGAUCAGCCCAAGCCCGUGAAGGAGUAUAAGUAUCCUGAGAAACUGCCAGGACAGCUAUAUGACGCGGACACGCAGUGCAAGUGGCAAUUCGGAGAGAGAGCCAGGCUGUGCAUGCUGGAUUUCAAAAAGGACAUCUGUAAAGCCCUGUGGUGCCACCGGAUUGGAAGGAAAUGUGAGACUAAAUUUAUGCCAGCAGCGGAAGGCACCGCUUGUGGGCAUGACAUGUGGUGCCGUGGAGGGCAGUGCGUGAAAUACGGCGACGAAGGCCCUGAGCCCACCCACGGCCACUGGUCAGCCUGGGGCCCCUGGUCGCCCUGCUCCAGGACCUGCGGGGGAGGCGUGUCCCACAGGGACCGCCUCUGCACCAACCCCAAACCGUCGCGCGGAGGGAGGUUUUGUGAGGGCCCCUCGCGCUCGCUGCAGCUCUGCAACCGGCAGAAAUGUCCCCAGGACAGUGUGGACUUCCGAGCCACGCAGUGUGCCGAGUUCAACGGCAGACGCUUCCGCGGGCGGCUCUACAGGUGGAGGCCUUACACCCAGGUGGGAGAUCAGGACUUAUGCAAACUCUACUGUAUCGCAGAAGGAUUUGAUUUCUUCUUUUCUUUGUCCAAUAAAGUCAAAGAUGGGACUCCAUGCUCGAAGCAUAGCCGUAAUGUUUGUGUAGAUGGGAUAUGUGAGAGAGUUGGCUGUGACCUUGUCCUCGGAUCCGAUGCCACUGAAGACUCUUGUGGUGUGUGCAAGGGGAAUAACUCGGACUGCACGACGCACAGGGGCCUGUAUGCCAAGCAGCACCGCACCAGCCAGUACCACCAGGUGGUCACCAUCCCACCCGGAGCCCGGAGCAUCCGUGUCCACGAGACGAGCGUGUCCACCUGCUACAUCGCCGUGCGCAACGCCCACCAGGCCUACUACCUGAACGGCCGCUGGACCGUGGACCGGCCCGGCCGCUACGCAUUCUCAGGCACCACCUUCGACUACCGGCGGUCCCACGGGCAGCCCGAGAGCCUGACCUCUGCGGGGCCCACCAACGAAACGCUGGUCGUGGAGCUUCUGUUUCAAGGAAGGAACCCCGGCAUUGCCUGGGAAUACUCGGUGCCGCGGCCGGGGGCCGACAGGAAGCCCGGGGCCCGGCCCAGCUACACCUGGGCCAUCGUCCGCUCCGAGUGCUCCGUCUCCUGUGGAGGGGGGCAGAUGAUCACAAGAGAAGUCUGCUACGGGGAGCCGAGGCUCCAGGUGAAUGCGUCCUUCUGUGACCCCAGCACCCGGCCUGCCACAGGGGUGGAGCCUUGCCAGGUGUCCGCCUGUCCUCCCAGCUGGUCCGUGGGGACCUGGAGCAGCUGCAGCCGGACGUGCGGGGGCGGCACGCAAAGCCGAGAGGUCCAGUGCACGCGGCGGGCCCACUACAGAUCAGAGCGGGUCUCGGCCACCCUGUGCCCGCAGCCUGUCCCCUCCAGCCGCCAGGCCUGCCAGCCCCAGAGCUGCCCGCCCGCUUGGAGUGUGGGGCCCUGGGCACAGUGCUCGCGAACCUGCGGGAGGGGCUGGAGGAAGAGGUCCGUGGCCUGCAGAGGCACCAGUCCCACGGCCAGGGCACAGCCGCUGCCCGACGCCCUCUGCAACGCGGAGCCCAAGCCCAGGACUCACGAGGCCUGUCUGCGUAAGCGCUGCCGCCAGCACAGGAAGCUGCAGUGGCUGGUGUCGGCCUGGUCGCAGUGCUCUGUCACGUGCGAAAGCGGAGCACAGAGAAGGUUCUUCAGAUGUGCUGAAAAGUACGCGUCGGGGAAGUCCCGGGAGGUGGCCUCGAAGAAGUGCUGGCACUUGCCGCCGCCCGACCUGGAGCUGGAGCGCUCGUGCACCCUGUCCCCCUGCCCCGGGCGGCCCCCGUUUGCCGCUGCAGGCCCCCCACGGGCCCGCUGGUUCGCCUCGCCCUGGUCUCAGUGCACGGCCAGCUGUGGGGGCGGCGUGCAGACCAGGUCUGUGCAGUGCCUGGCGGGGGGCCGGCCGGCCUGGGGCUGCUUCCUGCACCAGAAGCCCGCAGCCUCCCUGGCCUGCAACACUCACUACUGCCCCAUCACGGAGAAGAGAGACAACGGCAGUGCCGUGGGGGCUGAGGCCGCAGACGUGGGGCUUUUCCUGGAGUCGCAGCUGAGCUAG